ACCAAAAACAUUAUUUGAAUAAGUAAUUAAUUAAUUGGUUGAUCAAAACCCUAGCUGAACCGUAGCCAAUCCAAAACUUCGAAAUGCCAGCCGCAAUUACACAAAUAGCAGACAUUUCAACUGCACCAUUCGAUCCACGAUACCCAAAAACAAAUCAAACAAGAUACUGUUAUCAAAGUUAUUUAGAUUUUCAUCGUUGUCAAAAGGUGAAAGGAUCCGAUUAUGAACCAUGCCGUUAUUUUGAAAAAGCAUACAAAUCAUUAUGUCCAAAUGCAUGGACUGAAAUGAAACAAACUUUUUAUCGUGAUGACGGAGAGAUUGACAGACAACCAUAA